AUGUCGUCUGAAGUUGCUGCUGCCACUACAAACACUGCGGCCGAGAAGGUCGAGACCUCGGCCCCGGCUGCUGCUCCGGCGGAGUCGAAGCCUGCUGCUGAGAAGGCCGAGGAGAAGACGGAAGAGAAGGAGAAGUCCAAGUCUUCGUCGCAGGCGCAGGCCAACACCUCGCUGUACGUGGGUGAGCUGGACCCGAACGUGAACGAGGCGAUUCUGUUCGAGAUUUUCAACAUGGUGGGUACCGUGAGCAGCAUCCGUGUGUGCCGUGAUGCUGUUACACGUCGUUCGCUUGGCUACGCGUACGUCAACUUCCUCAACGCCGAGGACAGUGAGCGUGCGUUGGAGCAGCUGAACUACACGCCGAUCCGCGGCCGCCCAUGCCGUAUUAUGUGGUCGCAGCGUGACCCUGGUCAGCGCCGUGCGGGUCAGGGCAACAUCUUCAUCAAGAACCUGGAUGAGGCCAUUGACAACAAGGCGCUGCACGACACCUUCUCGGCGUUCGGUAAGAUUCUUUCGUGCAAGGUCGCUACGAACGAGCACGGUAGCCUUGGCUACGGUUUCGUGCACUACGAGUCGAAGGACGCUGCGGAGGCGGCUAUUAAGCACGUCAACGGUAUGCUUCUGAACGACAAGAAGGUGUAUGUGGGUCACCACAUUUCGAAGAAGGACCGUCAGGCGAAGAUUGAGGAGGCGCGUGCGCAGUUCACCAACGUGUACGUGAAGAACCUUGACCCGGCUGUGACGCAGGAGGAGUUUGAGAAGCUCUUCACGAAGUACGGCACGAUCACGUCCGCGGCUCUGGCCACCGACUCGGAUGGUAAGAGCCGUGGUUUCGGUUUCGUGAACUUUGCCGAGCACGAGCAGGCUGCCAAGGCCGUGGAGGAGCUCAACGACACGGAGUUCCAUGGCCAGAAGCUGUUCCUGGGCCGUGCCCAGAAGAAGGCUGAGCGUGAGGAGGAGCUGCGUAAGGCGUACGAGGCGGCGAAGAACGAGAAGCUGUCGAAGUACCAGGGUGUGAACCUCUACAUCAAGAACCUUCCGGAGGACUUUGAUGAUGAGCGUCUGCAGGAGGAGUUUGCGCCGUUCGGUACGACGACGAGUGCCAAGGUGAUGCGCACGCCGACGGGUGCUUCGCGUGGCUUUGGUUUCGUGUGCUACUCGGCGCCCGAGGAGGCCAACAAGGCUGUGGCGGAGAUGAACGGCAAGAUGAUCGAGAACCGUCCGCUGUACGUCGCGCUGGCGCAGCGCAAGGAUGUGCGCCACCAGCAGCUGGCGGCGCAGAUGAUGCAGCACAACCAGCUGCGUCUGCAGCAGCAGCAGGCGGCGGCCGCGGCGGCCGCGCAGAUGUACCCUGGCGCGCCGGGCAUGUACUACCCGGGUGCGCCGGGUCAGUUCCCUGGUGGUGUGCGUCCGCAGUAUGCGCCUGGUAUGAUGCAGGGCAUGCCGCCGAUGGCCGGCAACCCGAACGGCCCGUACCCGCCUGGCCAGUUCCCCGCGGGUGGCAUGUUCCCGCAGGGCUACCGCCCGCCGCGUCCGCCGCGUGGCGCUGCGCCGGCUGGUGGCAACGUGAACAAUGCUCAGGGUGGUCAGCGUGGCCAGAAUGCGCUGGCGCAGCAGGCCGUGCCUGCCCAGCCUGAGCAGCUGACGGCCGCGGCGCUGGCCAAUGCCUCGCCGGAGGAGCAGAAGCAGAUGCUGGGUGAGGCGAUCUACCCGAAGAUUGCGGCGUCGCAGCCGCAGCUGGCUGGUAAGCUUACAGGUAUGAUUCUGGAGCUGCCGGUCGGCGAGCUUCUGCACCUGCUGGAGGAUGACGAGGCGCUCACGAGCAAGGUGGACGAAGCCCUUACGGUGCUCCGUGAGUACGAGAGCCGCGAGGGUGGCCAAGCCGAGUCGAACGCUACCACGGACGCCUAA